AUGAAAUUCAAUACUAUCUUUUUGGUUCUUUCGAUUGUAAAAUUUAUUUUAAUCAGUGCACAAUCAUGUCCAUUUAGCCAAAGUAUAAUUAAUGGGGCAUCUGCAACUUUUUAUACUGCUAUCGAUGCAGGUAAUUGUGGAUUUGAAAAAUUAAAUGGUCCAUUGGGUCCUGGUAACUAUAUGAUUGCAGCUCUUGGAUCAAAACUUUAUCAAAAUGGUGCUCAAUGUGGUCAAUGUUUUAAAAUUUCAAAUUCUAAAAAUGCUUCAGUUACAGUAAUGGCAACUGAUUCAUGUCAUGAUGCAGGUUAUUGUCAAAGAGAUAACCAUUUUGAUUUAUCACCAGCUGCAUUUUCAAUUUUGGGGCCACAAUCUCAAGGUGUAUUAGAUGGAUUAUCAUAUGUAAAAGUACCAUGUGAAGUUUCAGGAAAUGUUAAAAUUAUGAUGAAAGAUGGUAGUAAUGAUUUUUGGACAUCUUUCUUUGUAUUCAAUAGUAAAGUUAUAAUUAAACAAGUUUCAAUUAAAUUAUCAAAUAGUAAUCAAUUUGUUCCACUAUCCCAAACCACAUAUAACUACUGGCCAACAAGUAUUACUGGUGGACAAUUUCAUGUUAGAAUCGAAUCAAUUGGUGGAGAAUUUAUUUAUGUAACUAUUCCAAAAGUAGAAAGCAGAAAAGUUUAUGAAACUUCAGGCCAAUUUUCAACAUCUUGUUCCAAUUUAAAUGAAAAUAAUCCAAUUAAUUAUAAACCUCAAACAUUUAAUUCUCAACAAACUUCAAACAAUCAAAAUUCAAAUACUCAAACUCCAACAAAACAACCAUCUCCAAACUCUCAAAACUUUAUUCCAUCAUAUUGCCAACAAUAUAUCCAAAAACCAAAUUAUAUCUUUGCAAAAGAGUCAAAAGAAAUGUUGGUACUAAAUGAAAAUGAAAAUAUUGAAUCAAAUUCUUUAAAACUUUUACCAAAUUUCUUGUUAUUAAUAUUAAUAAUAUUAUUAAAUAUUAAUUUUUAA